AUGGAGCUGGCUAACGCUCAUCUGGCCCAUGAGAGUCAUGUCUUAUCUCUAUGCAACGGCAUUGAGCUUCAGAAAUCAUGCGACGAUGACAAGAGAAGUGCAAAAGAGACGUCGAAAAUGAAGAAACCACGCUUCAUUCCAUGGGAGCCAUUCAAAGCUGCUCCAAGUGCAGAUCGGGAGGGCAAAGCUCCAGCUGAACUUCCACAACUAAUUCCCUACGGAACCGAAAUGGCUGGUGUCACUAGGGAUUCUAACAACAAGGCAGUCUUGAUUGAUGCUAGAAGAAACCAAGUGAAGCAAAACGAGCACGCAGCUUCUGAAAAGGAAAUCGCAUUGGAGAAGCAAUUAACUGAGCUGAAAUUCGAGUUAGAUAUGGAACGUAAACUGAGUGCUGAAUUGAAACGUUUAAUGAUUGCGACAAUCAGCGACGAUCUUCAAGGGCAGGUCGAGGCAUUGACUGAAGACAAAAUUUCUUUAGCCAGCAGAGUUGAGAAGUACUCGGAAAAGCUCAUAUUUGAGAGUGAACAAAUCGAGCAGUUGCAAAUUGAUCGGGAUGUGUGGAGAUGUAAAUUUCUUGCGCAAUCUAUUCGUACUGAUGAACUAACUUUCCGAAUGGAAGUACUAAUUGGAAUUUCUGCUACCUCAAUCACGAAUACUGAAGCACAGUAUUUUGCUAACCUGGAUCUGCAUAAAUUCCUUACUCGAUCACCUUGCGAAAAACGAAUUCGACGGAAAGGCCCCAGUUAUUCCAAUUUCACAAUAUCCUGUUGCCCUAAGUGUUCCGGUCGCGAAAUCCAUUUACUCUGA